AUGUCGCAGCGGGAGACCCGCCCGACCGGAGCAGUCUCCCCUUUCAAGAGGCAUCGCAAGACGGUUGUGAGCUAUGACAAGUGUGCCAUGGAAGCUUUGGUGGCAAACGAAGAAGCCGCAGAGCAUGAGGAAGCCGUGUGCUGGCCUGCUGCACAGUGUUACCGAGAGCUCGUGCACAUGGUCAGCACCUGGAUGCCGGAGAUUCGUGUGAACUCAGAAGGGGACUAUGCAUUCUCAUUACGCUUUGUAGUUGCAGCGAUUCUACUCACCUUGUUUCUGACUUUAUUGGGGCCGUUCGUGGCUCCAAUUGCGAUCGCUUUAGUUGCUCUUCGGAGUACUGAAUGGAACUGCUUGCAUGGCUUGUCACAGAUCUUCAUGGUUGGGCUUACCGCCUUUCCCCUGUACCUUCUGUGGACUAUGACCGCAGUGGCCUUUCGAAUGGACACCCUGCAAGAGUUCAGAAAGGCCGAGAAUUCCGUCCUGGAGCUUUGUGGCCCCUUCCUAUGCCUUCUUAUCUUGUCUCUGGUAUUUCUGGCAGAGGUCUGCCACUACUGCAUCGAAGAAAGCACUGGCCGGAUGCUCUUGGACGAACUCUCGGAGAUCCAGGAGCAGGAUUCUUUCAGCGGUCGGAUGUUGGAUACGCAGGACUUGCACGACUUCGGCAGUAAGAUACAGGAGGUCCUGAACUACCUGCAUCGGUACAUCCGGAAGAAGCCAGUUAGCAUCUUCGGAGCUGAGUCUCCUGGGGUCCUAACGAGCAGGUUCAUGAAGGUGAUGCUGCGGAUGAUCAUCAUAAACUCGCCAGAAGACAACCCUCAGGCAGAGUCGCAGGAGCUUCGUGGAAUGCUUCAGGAUGCCUCCGUGAUUACCAAGCAAUUCUCGCCUCUUCGGCUAUUGGUUCUCGUGACGGUCAGCCUGAUUCCCGCGCUGUUUCCGGCCAUCUGCCGCUUUAUCAGCGGGCACGACGACUUUAUGCUCACAGACCACAUCAACGUGUGGCGUUGCCGGCAGGCAUACUUGUUCAUGGCCUUUCUUACAACUAUGAUGCUGAUCAGCACCUGUCAUGAUCUCAUCCAAAGCCUUGACAAAAUCCAGCUCUCCACUCUCGCAACCAUGUACCUCGCUGCCCCCAGAAAGCGCCGGGCGGUAUUGGUGGCAAUAUACAAGGCCCGCUUUGACAAGCUCAUCCUGCAUGCGGAAGGCGCACAGGAAUCCGUUCCCCUCGUGGAAGCAGAAGCUGCGUUGCUGCAACGUGAGGAUGCCCCAAAUCCGGAUGACGUCACUGCGCCGGCACUGCUUUCGCGGGGCUUCGGCCAUCUCAGAUUCGUCUUGUCCAGGCCAAGCUGGUUAACUUCGGGAAGCCCUCGUGCGUCGGAGGACGCGGCGAGUCCUGAUCCCAGGAGCUCAGCUUCCUUAGGAUCCCUUGGAAUGCGUGGGAAUCGACCGGUGCCGAUCCUCCAGAGGAACCUGAACGACAAUGUCAAUGACCGGGUCUCCUACUUAGCCACGAGGAGGUUUGCAGCCCUGCAGCUUCUCGCACGGGCAGACUGCCUGGUGUUGGAGUCAAAGUCCCAAGUAGUUCUCCUGGUCCUAGCAUUCAUUAUGAUCAUGUGCGCCGUGAUUCUCGCUUGCUCGGUUGGCCUGCUGCAUGGCCAGCAUGCCAUCACACCUUUGUUCUGCAUGGUGUUCCUGCCCAUUGUUCUGAUCGUGAUGCUGGACAUCAUGAACAAGUUAGUCGACCUCGAGAAUUACUUCUAUGAGGACACCUUGAAGAUUCUCCAGAGCUGGCGAGAGCGAAUGGAGCGUCUUCGAUAUGCCGUCACGAUUGACGAAGUCAUAUCCGAAGAACGCACACAUGUGGACAGCUUCUUCACGAGUCACUGGCUUGCAGCUGCAACAACUAACAACUACUACUAUCACCUGUACUACUACUACUACUACUACUAUUAUUACUACUACUACUACUACUACCUAGUACUACUACUACUACUACUACUACUACUACUGCUACUACUACUACUGCUCCUCCUACUGCUACGGCUACUGCUACUGCUACUGCUACUGCUACUGCUACUGCUACUGCUACUGCUGCUACUACUACUACUACUACUACUACUACGACGACGACGACGACGACGACGACCACAACUAGGACUGUUCCUAUUACUAGCAACGACACUGUCUCUGCCAGUGUCAUGGAUAGUAUGCGCUACCACUAUCUCUAAGACAAUUGAUCAUCAACUGGUAGACUUAUGUGAGGUGUUGGCGAGGCUCCUCAGUCUUUGUUCUUCAAUGCAGACAGUCUAA